AACCCUUUACGGUGGUUUGACGUUUGUCGUACCGUGGUAUUUAAAUGCCCCUGUCUGUGGUUUCACGUACUGUGUACGUUAAGCUGUAAGCUAAGUUUCGAAAUGGCAUAAGAAUUGAAAGGAUCACGCUAGAAUUAUGCAGUUUGGACUCCCCUGUUAUGGAGAGAACGCAGUCGCUGAAUGUACGCAUGCAACUGCACCUCCUAUGCCAGGAAGUCUAAAAAUAAACUCGUGACUCACAGUGGUAUCAACGCUGACUAUAAUUUACACAUUCCAAACACAUGAUAUGGUUUAGUGGUUAGGAAAGCUAAGAACAAACAGCGCCAGCGGUUGUUUGUGAAACGUGUUGAAAGGAACUGUCCUUUCAGUGGGUGCGUGUUUACUUGAACGAAAGAAGGGUCUAUGUCGUCUAAAAAAAGUUACUCAUUGUAAACGCGUGAGCUCGUAGUUACGAUGGCAGGUCCAUCUACAAGCCGUGCUCUCACGCAAGUAGAACAAACUGAAUUUUUGGAGGAGAUUUUGGACGACAUAGUUAGUGAUUUUAGUUCGGAAAGUGACAGUGAGUGUGACAUUGACUACACACAGUUGGUGACACCUGGAACUCACGUGGUCAGUGAUAGUGACCUUAGUGACAAUGACGAAACCCAGGAAGAAACUGUACAGGUAGAAUCAGGAAGUGUGUCCAGUGAGUUUGUGUGGGAAAACAUAGACUCGUUUCCCGCUUCAAGAGAAACAUUUUGUAAUGAAUAUGGUCCCCAGUUCGACACUGCUGAACUUGAUGUCGUGGGUUCAUUUGAAAAAAUUUUUGAUAUUGCCAUUGUACAGCUCAUUGUAGAUGAGACGAAUAGGUAUGCUCAGCAAGAAAUUGCUAAAAGUGUCAGACCCCUCACAUUUCGCUCCAGGCUUUGGAAGUGGGAAGAUGUUACAGUGGAUGAGAUGUACGUGGUGUUGGCUCUGAUUAUGUUGACUGGCAUUGUACAGAAGCCUACACUCAGAUCGUACUACUCUAAAAAUCGCCUCCUGUUCACCCCGUUUUUUUCUGAGACUUUGCCCCUGGAAAGACUAGAGGCCAUAACUAGAUUUCUGCAUUUUUCGGAUAAUAGUAAACAAAGUGAAUAUCAAGGACCUCCCAAACUUUUUAAAAUUUUUCCAGUCAUUCAGCACCUAAAUGACAGAUUCCAGAGUCUUUAUCUUCCGGCCCAGAACAUUGCAAUUGAUGAGUCCUUGACUCUAUGGAAGGGUCGUUUGUCUUCUAAAAGACUCACAGAACGGCAUUUUGUGGAGAAGAUUCCAGCCACAGGAAAGAAGGCAAAGCCACAAAGAAGAUGUGUCGUGUGCUCAAGACAAGGCAAAAGGAAGGAUACUGUUUAUUGGUGUAGUGAUUGUGAAGCAGCGAUGUGUUUUGAUGAAUGUUUUAAGAAAUACCACACACAACUCCACUUCUAAUCAACUUGCUUCCAUCGUUGAGAUAAAGGGCGGCCAUAUUAUCAGGUAAGAUUAUAACACCAUCUUUUAAGAUUAUUUCAGUGAAAAAUUCAUAAUUAUAUCUCAUAUAGUUCAAAAGCUAUGAUAAUUAAUAUAAUUUAGACACAAAAUUUAAAUGGCCAACUAAAAAGUAAUACCGCCGGAGGCACCACGAAAGCGAUUUUUAAAUCCCCACGCUCAAGG